CUCAGUAGCAAGGCUACUCUUUGAUCUUGAGGCUCGGUGUGCGCAUGCGCGUGAGUCGCGCUCGGCUUUACUGCACUGGCUGGGACUGAAGUUGGAUGCGCGGCGCGCGCUGUCUUCCUUCAGCUUGGUCCACAAGAAGAAAAAAAAUCAUCAAAACUGUUGCAAUGGAGAGGAUGAGGAAAUCGCAGUGCAUCUUCUUGCUGUGUCCCUUCAUCAUGACUGCUGUGUGCGCGCAAAGCAGAGACUCUAGCAAUAUGCCUGUAGUGAAAGACACAGUGGACAGACUGAUGAAGGGAUACGAUAUCCGACUGAGGCCGGAUUUUGGAGGGGCUCCGGUGGCGGUUGGCAUGAAUAUAGACAUUGCCAGCAUAGACAUGGUGUCCGAAGUAAACAUGGACUACACCCUGACCAUGUAUUUCCAGCAGGCAUGGCGGGACAAGCGUCUCUCGUACUCAGAGAUCCCACUGAACCUGACGCUGGACAACCGCGUGGCCGAUCAGCUGUGGGUGCCUGACACUUACUUCCUCAAUGACAAGAAGUCCUUCGUGCAUGGCGUCACGGUGAAGAACCGCAUGAUUCGCCUGCAUCCUGAUGGCACCGUGCUGUAUGGAUUGAGGAUCACCACCACAGCAGCAUGUAUGAUGGACCUGAGACGCUACCCGCUGGAUGAGCAGAACUGCACACUGGAGAUUGAGAGCUAUGGAUACACCACAGAUGAUAUUGAGUUUUACUGGAGAGGAGGAGAUGGAGCUGUGUCUGGAGUGGAGCGCAUUGAGCUGCCCCAGUUCUCCAUCGUGGACUACAAGCUCAUCUCGAAGAAUGUAGUGUUCUCCACAGGUUCAUACCCACGUCUAUCGCUGAGCUUCAAGCUGAAGAGGAACAUUGGCUACUUUAUCCUGCAGACCUACAUGCCAUCCAUCCUGAUCACCAUUCUGUCUUGGGUCUCAUUCUGGAUCAACUACGAUGCCUCUGCUGCCCGUGUAGCCCUAGGUAUCACCACGGUGCUGACCAUGACCACCAUUAACACCCAUCUGAGAGAGACUCUUCCCAAGAUCCCCUAUGUGAAAGCUAUAGAUAUGUACCUGAUGGGCUGCUUCGUCUUUGUGUUCCUGGCCCUGCUCGAGUACGCCUUCGUCAACUACAUCUUCUUUGGUCAAGGCCCCCAGAGGCAGAAGAAGGCAGCUGAGAAAGCAGCCACCGCCAACAACGAGAAACUCCGACCUGAUCCGAACAAGUGGAUGGUGGGAAAUGUAGUUCAGAGAGACGAUGCUCUGUAUGCCAGAAUGAAACAGAGGGAAAUUGACGUGUAUGACUCGAUGUGGGAUCCAAUCUUUGCCGACGAUGCUGCAUUAGGACUAGGCGAGCAGAGACUUAAGAUGAAUCCGGAUGAUAUCCGGCUGACCACAGUGGAGAUGAAGAAUGAGAUGGGUCCUGGCGAUCUCUCCCGUGGUCUGGGCGACCCGCGAGGUGCCAUGCUGGCGUAUGACAGCUCCACGCUGCAGUAUCGACGGGCAGCACUGGCACGCCACAACUACGGCACCGGUGCUCUGGAGAAGAAGAAGAGCCGUCUACGCCGACGUGCUUCGCAGCUCAAGGUCAACAUCCCUGACCUGUCUGACGUCAACUCCAUCGACAAGUGGUCCAGGAUGGUCUUCCCAACCGUCUUCUCAUUCUUUAAUGUGGUCUACUGGCUCUACUAUGUCCAUUAAGAAGGGCCCGGGAGAGAAUAAAGUACAAAAACAUUCAAAAGAUAAAAUAUAUAAAACACUGAGUCCCUUUUAUUUCUCGAAAAAUAGAUUUUAUGGAGGCAAAGGAGUCAGGAUUGGCUCUUUUUUUGUUCUGAGAACACCAUAAUGACUGACAAAGACACUAAACACAACCAGACUGAAAGUUGCAGAAUUUUAAUAGAUCACGUAUAUUGUCAUUCGUAACUUACUCUGUGGACAAAUAUUUAUGCUUGCGUUUGCAUAUAUUUUAAAGUUUUUUUUUUUUUGUUGUUUUGUUUUUUUGCUGAUUAUAUCUAUUUACUUUGUAGCCAAUGCUAUGUGUGUCCAGGAAAGUUUUAGAGAUGAUUUUUUUCAAGGGCUCAUCCUUCAAAGCCCUUUUUUUCCCCUAUAGUUAAACUGUUAGACAUCUUUUAAAAGCAUGCUUUGGUUUGGUUUUUUGUCUACAUCUCUUGCUGUGAGAUGAAGCACAAUGCAAUUUCAUUUUGAAUAGCUAAAGAUCCUUCUAUUCUACAAAAAAAAACAUUUGAUUUGGUGCAAUGCAGAGCACUGAGUCUCUAAAAGGAAAACAGGGUAAACACACACCAGGUAACUUCAUCAUAAUGUUGGCAUUGUUAUCGGCGCAGAUGUGAAUGGGGCAAUAGGGGGCGCUCUUUCCUAUCAACCCAACAGACUUUCUUCGCCCCUCCUAUGGUGGGGACUUUUGAAGGUGAUUGAAUGAGAUUUGGGCAAACAUCAGUUGUGUGGAUUGUUUGAACCCCGUGGCUGGACAUAAUGAAGAUUCUCUUCAUCCUCUUAAUUCGACAAACUUUUGUCUGGCUUUGUUCCAGAUCCAAGUCAUCAAAAACAUCACACACUCUUUAUCUCUACUCACACGUGAGUGGGACAUUAUGGCUGACUGACAUCUCUCCGACAUGAUAUAAUGAAAAAGGUGAGUUCCAUAAAAGAUAUAAUUAUAAUCCAUUAACAUUACCAAUAGAUUUAAGUUAAAAAAGAGCUUAUAGAUGAUAUUAAAUCAUGUUAAAAAGAAUUUUAUAAUUCAUAGUUAUAAUAUUAGGUGUUAAUGUUACAAAUCAUUAUUUAAGCAGGUAUAUUUUGGUGUAUUAGCUUUCUUAUUAUAAAAGAUCUCUACUGGGAUGCGGAGAAAAAUUAUCUAAAGGAAGAAAAAAGACUGAACUUUCUCAAGGCCUGCACAUGUGAAAAGGAUGGUAUGGACAGAACAGAGCGUGAAUGAAAUAUUGUUUUGAAGUCAACUUUUCAGAACAGGGAAGUAUCUGGAAAGAUCAAUCAAGGCAUCUGUAAGGUGAUUUUGUAUCAAAUCCUGUACAUUAUAAUGAUAUUUCAUAAUGAUCUGUAAAUAUAUAUUGUGUAAUGACUGUCAAGAAUAACAAUAUGUAUCUAAAUUAAAUUAUUAAAGCUGAA